CCCGAACGAGACGUAAAUUUUUCAUUCGCUUCGCCGUUCCUUCGUCGGGGCACGAAAAGUUGUGUGAGGAAAAGCUAAAAACAUUCCAUCGACUCCAUUUCCAAAGUGCAGUUGGGAUUUUGGUUGUGUGCUGCGAAAGUUUCAUUUUCCCCGUAGUUUAUUGCAAAAGUAGCUCGCGCUAGUGUGGGUGUGUGUGUGCAUUAGAACGAGAAUAUUUCCGACUCAAUUGUCCAGCAGAGGAGCGAAAAAGAGAAGAAACGAACGAAGGGAGUGGAUAACAAUUUCACAACAAAGGCGGCGGUCAAGUUUUUCCCCGAGUUUGCCGUCUGUAGCAGACACACACGCACGCACGCGCUCGUUCGACAGUGUGUAUUGGGUUGAAAAUUCGUGCGGCAAAGUAAAGCGCAAAAAUGGUCGUCGUCACUAAGCCGGCGCUGAAAAAGGUGGAAAAGUCGAUUCUGCCCUUGGUGCACCCACACCCGGACGCCGCCCCGACCGCUCCGGCCGACGAUGGCAACAAUUCGACCGCCUCGAACAUCAUUCUGCUGCGCCGCGGCCGCCAGCUGAAGCCGGCCACCGCCGCCAUCCUGCUGCUGGUUGCCCUGCUCGGCUUCUCGAUGGGCACGAUUGGCGGCCUGUUCUACUAUCGGCAGUACGCGCAGGCCCGCAACCACAUGCGCUACCACGGCUUCUGCAAGAUCCCGUACGAUGCGAGCAACUUCGAGUCGCUGUACCGCUCGAUGAAUGCCGAUCGCGAUACCGAGCUGCUGCGCCAGUUCCGCAUCUUCGAGAUGCCGCGUGCGCUGAACCAGGACGCCUCCGGCUCGGACGAUUCGCAGUCGAACGAGAACGGCGCCAGCAACAGCGACAACGGCAACAACGCGGACGAGUUCUUCCGCGAGGAGUUUGAGCUGGGCCUGUCCGACGAGGAGAACUACUCGAAGAUCGAUGUGCCGGUGUUCCGCGGCCAGCGGCCGGCCCGCUUCCUGCACGACUUCACCUUCAACCAGUCGGGCAUCAUCGAUAGUGUGGCGCGCCGCUGCUUCAUCAUGCCGCUCGAUCGUGAAACGGUGCUGCCCCCGCAGUCACUGCGCGAUCUGGUGAUGAAGAUGCAGCUCGGCUACUACAACAUCGACACGAGCGUGCUGAAGAAGACGAUGCGCGUGGUGACGCCCGAGCUGACCGACUUUACCGACGUGUCACCCCGCAUCACCAAGGAGUGCGUGGACAUGAAGAUCUACCAGCUGGAGAAGGUCGUCACUGGUGUGUACAAGCGUUCCACCGACAUUCAGGAGCGUGCCAAGUUUGCCGAGUUCGGCGGUAACCACAUCUCGCUCAUCGACAUCGCCAACCUGGACGAGCUGAACUAGAAUAGUGGUGACGGUGUGGAAGGGAUUGUAUUAUUGUAGGUGGGAGCAUCGCCGCACGGGGAAGGAGGGAAGCAGACACACAAUGAACGACUUUGCGCAAAACGGAACGCAUUUGUGGUGUGUCUGUGGGGGAUGAGCGUUGUUCCUAUUGUGUGUGUGCGAGCGCGCAGAAGGGUAAUAGAAAAGGAUAGUAUUUUAUGUGUUUUUUUUGUUCAUAAUAUUCAGUAAAUGGCAAAUUAAUGCAAGUAUUAGUACACAUGGCAAAAAGAACGGGAGCGGGCAAGGGUAGGAGAGGAAGCCACAUGGCUCCUACUCUUUGUUUUGCAUGUACUGUGUUUCUUCGGGUGAGAAUGCAAUGCCCCCCCGGCGACAGUUUAAAGGGGCAAAUGUUGAAACCAUAUAGAUUACACUCUAAUGGCCUCUAAAGCAACGACUUUUUAUCUGUAUUUUUGUGUCUGUGUUCGUUGGAAGAAAAAAAAAAAGAAAAUGAAGAGGUAACGUAACAAACGUUUCACGCUUUCAUUUUCACAUCCAAUUUGAAACUGUUUUGUUUGUUGAUACAUAGAGCUUCUUUUUUCUAUUAUAAAACCAUGUUUUGUCUAAACUGGAUAUACAUUUGGUUAAAGUUUUUACGAAUCGUACGUAAGGAUGAUGAAUCAAAUAUUUAAGAAUAUGAAACAAACACACACAUAACAUUGGAAGGUGUAAACACAUGCUUUCGGUCCUGGUGGUUUCGCUCCCCUUGUACUCUUGUCCUUGUCUAACGACAAAAUAAAUCUUUUUAACUGGAAUUAAUACUAACAUUUGUAGAACAAUACUGUCCUUCGUCGCAGACCGACUUGUGUGUGUGUGUGUGAGUGCUGUGUACAAUUUUAUAAAUUUCAUACAAUUUGCAUACCACAUCAUGCACCAAAUUGGUAACACAGCCUUGUUCCUCAUCCCUUUCCCAAAUCACAACCCACAGAGACAUUUAAAAUGAGUAAAAAGACACAUUCCUUGCUGCUUGUAGGAACGUGAAUCAUUAACCAACCCUCCUCCUCCCCCUCCGGCAUUGGUGUGUCUUUGGGCAAAAUAAAUAAAUGAAAGUAUCUAUUUUUACUAUAAAAAUCCUAAUCCUUCUUCUGCAGGAGCGAAACAGACAGACAGAGUAUAUAAAUGGUGGGAUUUACUUGCAAACUCUAGCACGCAAACAAACAAAAAGCAGGAAAGACAAGAGAACGGGAUAGGAAGAGGAGGGAUGUGAAACAUGAUAAAAACAGAGAUAGCGAGACAGCAAAACAAAUUAAUUAUGUUUAUUGCGAUUGUAAAGAAUAAAACACACUAUUAGUAAAAAUA